AUGUCUAUUCUGAGUUUAGACGGAUUCGCACCUCCUCAGGCUGUAGCCUUGCUGGUUGUUUACUGUCUCAUCUAUGUAAUCCCUCUCUACUUCUCAGCAGCAACCCGGCCUUCGCCUACACGAUCUAGAGAUGCUCCAGAGGCUAUUCGCGCACGCAUCUUCGUCGUGUCGCUCUCGACGGCUCUUUGCUCUCUCAUGACGCUGUAUCUGCUCUCGUCCCAUGGCGCUAUAGCCGUUCACGAGCCAUUGCAUUUCAUGGGCUAUUGGCCUCCAGGGCUCGUCGAUGCGGCUCGUUCCCUGUGGCUCACGGCCUUGCUGUUCGCAGGUCCCCUGUAUGAGUCUCUCAUCAUCGACGGAGCAGCACAUCAAUGGAUUCGUCUCGAGCCCUUGAGAGAUCUUUGGACUGACUGGCCCACCUGGAGAAACAUGGUAGCGGGUCCCAUCACCGAGGAAUGUCUUUUCCGCUCCGCUGGUGUUCCUCUGCUGCUGCGUUCUGGAGCCAGCCUCACUGGCACUAUAUUCAUGUCGCCACUAAUUUUUGGUCUGGCUCAUCUUCAUCACUUCUACGAGUUCCGCAUCACUCAUCCUCGGACUCCUCUGCCUGUCGCUAUCGCACGGUCUCUUCUACAGCUUUCGUAUACUUCUCUGUUUGGCGCAUACGCCACCUUCUUGUUCUUGCGCACUGGUAGCUUGCUGGCUGUUGUGCUCGUACACACUUUCUGCAAUUGCAUGGGCCUCCCACGUCUUUGGGGCCAGCUUGACCCUUACUGGCUACCAGAGGGUGAUCCCAAGGUAGCCUCGUCUAGAAAGAUCUGGACCGGAGUUUAUUACAUGCUCCUUGUAGGCGGUUUGAUUGCUUGGUGGCAGAACUUGUACUCGUUGACCGAGACAUCCAUGGCUUUGGCCAAGUUCUAA